AUGACGCGCCGCUGGUGCUGCACCCCGGGGCGCAUUGACGGGCAGCCCUCCUUGAGCGAGCUGGAGUGCCCGCGUGGGCCGAAGCGGCGGACUGGGACCAAAGUGGUGCCGUGGACGCCGACUCGGGUCAGAACUCGUGGCUUCUACCAGCACUGCUGUAGGGCCACGGAGCCGGGGCUGUUUGCUGUGGGCUGCCCAAAGUGGGCGAGGUUGCGGCUGGGAGGCCCGCCCACGGACAGGACGUCCAGCCUUCACACGGCUCGGCGCAACAGCGAGUUCAAGUUCCUUCAGCCGUUCCUGCCCAGCCUCGCCGCGCAGGCACAGAGCACGGGGGUGGCUGGCAACCAAUCGCUGACGAUUUCCCUCCUGCGCCCUCAUGCUUAUGAGGGGAUGCUGAUCUUCGAUGAGCCCCGGAAUUCACGUUACACCCUCGCCUUCGAGCUGCUGCUCUCCGACCCGCUGCAGUUCUUUCCCAUCGAGGUGUCUGUGGAGGACAUCAAUGAUCACUCGCCGGUAUUCCCGGAGGAACGAGUGACCUUUAAGAUUUUGGAAAAUAGUGAACCUGGCUUACAUUUCCCCGUGGAGGCUGCUCAGGACCUGGACAUUGCCAGUAAUGACAUUCAGGCUUACAGCAUCAAUCCUAAGAACGAGUAUUUCAGAGUCUUCAUUCAGAGUGAGACUGCUAAGUUUAUAGAAUUGGUUUUGGAAAAGUCUCUGGACAGAGAGAAGCAGCCAGAGAUGGAUUUAAAUCUUAUUGCCAUAGAUGGGGGUUCUCCACCCAGAACUGGUUCUACACAAAUCCACAUUGUUGUUCUGGAUGCAAAUGACAAUGCUCCAGUCUUCACACAGAAAGUCUACAGUGGGCAUGUUUUCGAAAAUGCUCCAGAGGGCUCUGCAGUUCUCAAAGUGGUGGCCAACGAUGCAGAUGAGGGUGUUAACGGAGACAUCUCAUAUCAGUUCAGCCAAUCAGCUGAACAUUCACUGUUUACAGUUAAUUCCAGAACGGGUGAAAUUAUAAUUGAAAAGCCUUUGGACUUUGAGACCACAAAAAAACAUGAGUUCACUGUGCAGGCAAUUGACGGUGGGGGUCUCUCAUCCAUGUGCAAUGUGAUAGUGGAGGUGAUAGAUGUGAAUGACAAUGCACCAGAGAUCGUGGUCAGUUCCUUCAACAGCCCACUCCUUGAGAAUGUAGCUCCUGGGACAGUUGUAACCCUGUUUGCUGUCAGAGAUCAGGAUUCCGGCGUGAAUGGAGAGAUUACAUGUGCCCUUGAAGAACAGCUCUCCUUCUCCCUCAAGCAAGCUUUCAAGAAUUACUAUGAGCUGGUGACAGUCAGCGCAUUGGACCGUGAGGAAACAGCCCAGCACAUCGUGGUUGUCACGGCAGCAGAUGCAGGCUCUCCUUCUCUCACCACCACCCACACCUUCACCGUGGACGUCUCCGACGUGAACGACAACGCACCCGUGUUCAACCAGACCUCGUACACCAUGUACGUGCGUGAGAACAACGUCCCCGCGCUGCUCGUCGGGGCCCCAGAACGUCUUGAUGCAAGUUUCAUGCAUGCCAGGUAA